GGGCGGGGAUUGUUGUGCGGCAGACUCCGCAGCGCUUUGCUAACAAUAGCUGAGUUAAAGUGUCGGUGCUCCCGGCUGUGGACGUCAGAGCGGCCGCUGGAGGACGCCGAGAAGACGCCGGCAAAUCUGCUCAAUGAAACGGAAACUCGCCCGACUCACCACCCAGAAGACGCUUUGACGCUCGCCGCGGCGCUGCGGCUGCUGUUUCGCUGAAGAUGUCUGAUAAUGGGGAGGUCGAGGACAAACCUCCAGCUCCACCCAUGAGGAACACCAGCACCCUGAUCAGCUCCUGCAACAAAGACCCCGCCCCCCUCAACCACAGCUCCAAGCCCCUCCCUCCAAACCCAGAGGACAAGAAGAAGAAGGACCGCUCCAUCCGGUUCAUCUUGACGGGCGGAGGGGACAAGACGUACAAGCGGAAGGAGCGUCCGGAGAUUUCUCUGCCAUCAGACUUUGAGCACACCAUCCAUGUCGGCUUUGACGCGGUCACUGGCGAGUUCACUGGGAUGCCGGAGCAGUGGGCUCGGCUGCUUCAGACCUCCAACAUCACCAAACUAGAGCAGAAGAAGAAUCCUCAGGCUGUUCUCGACGUUCUCAAGUUCUACGACUCCAAGGAGACGGCAAACAGCCAGAAGUACAUGAGCUUCACAGGUACACACACACACACACACUCACACGCUCUCACCCGCCUCCUUGCUCAUGAAUCUUUCAUCUCUCCAGAUAAAAGUGCCGAGGCCUUCAGCUCCUCCACCACCGCGAGCUCCAAGACCGUGUCAGAGACGCCUGCCAUCGCCACCGUGUCUGAGGAUGAAGAGGAAGAUGAGGCCGAGCCGCCGCCGGUCAUCGCCCCCCGACCAGAACACACCAAAUCAAUUUACACUCGCUCAGUGAUCGAGCCUCUCGGCCCCCCUCCCACCAAAGACGCUGCCACGUCUCCCAUCGUCAUGCCCACCCCUGCCGCCGCUGCCGCCGCCGCCCCGGUGACGCCGGCCACAUCUGUAGAUGCCGCCCCCAGCAGCCCCCCCAGUGCCAGCCCUGCGCCAGGACCCUCGAUGCCCCGCCCCCACGACAAAGGGCGGAAGAAGAAGAUGUCGGAUGAAGAGAUCCUGGAGAAGCUGCGGACCAUAGUUAGCGUGGGAGACCCCAAGAAGAAGUACACGCGCUUUGAGAAGAUCGGGCAGGGGGCGUCGGGGACGGUCUACACCGCCAUCGAUGUGGCCACUGGACAAGAGGUGGCCAUCAAACAGAUGAACCUGCAGCAGCAGCCCAAGAAGGAGCUGAUCAUCAACGAGAUCCUGGUGAUGAGGGAAAACAAGAACCCCAACAUUGUCAACUACCUGGACAGUUACCUGGUGGGAGACGAGCUGUGGGUGGUGAUGGAGUACCUGGCCGGGGGUUCCCUGACCGACGUGGUCACCGAGACGUGCAUGGACGAGGCCCAGAUCGCUGCCGUGUGCAGAGAAUGUCUGCAGGCUCUGGAGUUCCUCCACUCCAACCAAGUCAUUCAUCGAGACAUCAAGAGCGACAACAUCUUGCUGGGCAUGGACGGCUCCGUCAAGCUCACGGACUUUGGCUUCUGCGCUCAGAUCACGCCGGAGCAGAGCAAGCGCAGCACGAUGGUGGGGACGCCUUACUGGAUGGCCCCUGAGGUCGUGACCCGCAAAGCUUACGGGCCCAAAGUGGACAUCUGGUCUCUGGGCAUCAUGGCCAUAGAGAUGGUGGAGGGCGAGCCGCCGUACCUGAACGAGAACCCACUCAGGGCUCUCUAUCUCAUCGCCACCAACGGAACUCCAGAGCUUCAGAAUCCAGAGAAACUCUCUGUCACUUUCAGAGAUUUUCUCAACCAGUGUCUGGAGAUGGACGUGGAGAAGAGGGGAUCUGCCCGAGACCUGCUGCAGCAUCAGUUCCUGAAGAUGGCCAAGCCUCUCUCCAGUCUCACACCUCUCAUCAUCGCUGCCAAGGAGGCGGCCAAAAACAACCGCUAGGUGGCGCUGCACUCCUUCUCCCAUCUGUCUCUCUCUCCCCUCCUUCCCUACACUCUUCACUUUCUGCCGUUGGCCUCCAAGUUUCCUGUGUAUUUGGAGGACGACGGUUCUGGUCGACCCUGGGCCUGACCUGAUCUGUCACAUCACUCCAGACGGAGAGAUGCCACUGCUGUCGUCACCUGCUGCGACCCAGGAGCCCAAAGACUCAUGGGAGUUUUUAACUGAUGUUUACUGCGUGUGUGUGUGUGUGAGUGCAUGCGUGUGAGUUCGGGUCUCAUCUGUGCGCUCUUGGUUAUGAGUAAUAAUGAAGGAAACUGGGUCACAUCCAGAACCUGAAGAAUUGUGACGCUUAUUGGGAUUGAAGCGGACGCCCUCCCGGUCACAAGAAUCGCUCUCUUAGAGUUGCUGGUACGAUUCUGUUUUCGCACCGACAGGUCAAUGUAACUCCUGAGUUUUGGUACUGACCCGAUCCACCUGAGCCCACGGCCGGGGAUCUUAAUGCCAGGUUUAGGUUGCUGCUUCCCUCUCGGUUCACUUGCACUAGUUUUAGAGUCGAUGGAGCAGGCUCACCUCAGCGCCGCGGGGUUGAACCUUCAACCCUCACCUGGAACUGGAAGAGUUGCAGGUUCAAGUUCCAGUCAAGUCUCCAGUUUCCUGACCAGUCUGAGAUUCUGGUUCUGAACCGCCGCAGGUCCGACAGCGAGCGAGUGAAAGUGUAUGUGUUUUAUCCGUUUUGUUCAUGACCGUUCUGAGACACGACGAAGCUGCGACACAGAUGCUUCGGAAUGAGAUGCACAACGACUGGUUUUGUUAUUUUUAUACGUGAUGUCAGAAUAACGAACGGUUGUGUUCUGAACUGCUGGUUUCAAUAUUUUUUUUAAGAGGAACAUGUGGGUGUUUGACACCCCAACUGCUAGUGUCUUUGAGCAAGCUGGAAAAUAAACAUCAACUCA